AUGCCAAAUAUGAUGAAGGAGAUGGUGCCUACCAAGGUGCGAUGCGCCCACAUCCUCCUAAAGCACAAGGGAUCACGCAAUCCGAUCAACAGAAACACGAAUCAGCCGGUGACACGCACAAAGGAGGAGGCAAUUUCUGAAAUGACCCGGCACCUCGAUGACAUAAUGGCGGCCGCAGCACGGGACCGUGAAUUCCAGAAGAAAGCGACGCAGAUAUCGGAGUGCACAAGCGCGCAGAACGGUGGGGACCUUGGAUUUUUCACCCGCAACCAAAUGCAAGCCGCUUUCUCGAAUGCAGCGUUCCUCCUAGGCGUAGGUGAGGUCAGCGGCCUAGUGGACACUGACUCGGGCAUUCACCUCAUUUACAGGAUAGCAUAA